GUUUGCAAAAAGAAAAAAAAUUUUGGAAACGAAUAUUUUUGAAUUAUUUCAAAAUAUUCCAACCAAAUUAAUUCAAGGAGGCAAUUCAAUCAAAUUGAAUCAUCGUUGGAAGUCUGAUCAACUAUCAACAACUCCGCAAGAGAAUCCUGUCAGCAACAUCGAUUACGUUCCAAGUCAAAAUUACAUGGAGGUACCAACUACACAUACCAUGAAUCAAGUAUCAGCUGCAUUGGUAAAGGACGCGCAUAAGUUCAUUAUAAUGGAUUUGGAAUUUUCCAUGAUUCAUAAAACUAGUAUGGUGCUAAUAUCGGGAGCUAUAUCAAACAGUCUGGACCGUUUUAAAAUCAGAAAAUUAGAGGGUCGACCAUUGUAUCUACCAGUGAAUGAAGAGGUCAGACCUAUGAGAGACCAAGAACUUCUGGUAGCACAAAGGGAGAUUAAACGCAUUUUCAGUUGUAAAACGGAACUGAGAGACGCUUGCCUAGACCAAUUAGAAAAAAGUCUAAAAGCAGAAGUUAAUAGCUUAAAUGUAAACUAUAUAACAAAUUAUAUAUUAAGGGACAAUAAAAUUAAUGUGAUAGUAGUAUGGAAUUGCAGUUCAGAUAAAAAUAUUCUAAAAAGGUUAGGUAUAGUUCAAUUUCCGAUAUUAAAUAUCACUUGCUAUGAUAAAUAUUUUAAUAAAAAUUUUACAAUAAUAUUAGAAAAAUUAGAGAACAAACAGGUACUAUUUGAAUUAGAGAUAGGAUAUUUUGACAAAAGGGGAAGAUUAAUGAACCUGGAGGAAACACACAAUAAAAUAUGUCAUAAAAAACAUAAAUUAACACAUGCUCAUGAUCCUCGCACACACGUUAUUUAUAUGAAGUGUAUAUUUGACUAUGUGAUCAGGAAAUAUAAGUACGAGAAUUUGGCUCAACAUUUUAAAAAAUAUACCUAAUAAUAAUAAAAAAAAAAAUUAAUAAACAAAUAAAUAAAUAAAAAUAAAUAAUCAGUAUAAUAACAUUUAUCUUAUAGGAUACAAUAAACAUGGAAAGAGCAAUCAAUUGUUACAAGAAAUUAAUAUAAACUUAGCAACACAAAUACAUAUCAAUCUAGAACAAGGGGAAUGGUUUAAUUUUACGGAGUGUUUCGAUAUACACAUAAUAACUGCAAAUAAUUCUAUCUUAAUGCCAUAUGAGAAUACAGAGAUUCGAGAAAUAAUGACAAAUAUAAAAAGAUUUUUAAUUGACAUGGUAAUUGAUCGAGAUUUAACAAACCCAAUUUGUAUGGAUUUAGCUAGGUAUAUAAAUAAAAUACCCAAUGCUUUAGAUUUAUUAUAUUAUUAUCGAUAAAUUGUUUGACUUCGUUUUGCUUAUGUACAUACACUGUAAGUUGUCGAGUGGUGUGGAUAUGCAAACGAUUAAAAAAAUAAUAAAUUAUAAAUACCAUGUGCUAUUACAAUAUACUGGACAUAACUGAGACAUAACUUAUUGUAAAGUUUAAAGUUUAGAAAUUUUUAGUUUAAGUUUAAAAUGUAUUAUUGGAUUGUUUAUAAUUAUUAUUAUAAUAAAAAUUAUUAAAAAAAAAAAAAAUGUAUGAAUACUUAUAAACUAUUAUGCUAACUAACCAAUUAAGAAUAAGAUUAUUUUUAUUGUAUUUAAUGAAAACAAUUUGUUGUAAACUAACACAAAUUUUAUAAUUACUAAUCAAAUAUUUUAAAUGUAUCUAAAUAAAUAAUAUUGUAAUCAUUAACCCUUUGACUUAACUGAUCUAGUCAACUAAAUAUGAAUGUUCUAGUCAACUAAGUUAGUCAAAUUUAUAUAUAUUUAUUCAAUUAUGUAAUUGUCACUGUAAGACAAAUUAUUAACCUUUAUGUAUACAAAAAGUUUUUAAGAUUUUGUAGUUCUACAAAAAGUAGCCCUACAAAACCUUUUUUUUAGUGGGGAGGUGUAGCGAGCUGUGACUAUGUUUAAAUAUUAUGAAUAAUCACUCCAGUGAGUCCCUCGGGUAGUUUUAAAUAAAUAUACAUAUGUAUAUAUAUUAGUUGCAGGAGGCCUACGAAGUAUCAUCAAUAUUUGCGCGUGACCUCCAAACGUAUGUGUUCAUAGAUAUAUCACUUCUCAUAUGAAUAUUAUGUAGUAUAUAUUAUAGUUCACAUUAAAAGAAUUAACAGCGUUGUGUAGACACAGAAAUGACAACGACCAGAUAGGCAAGGGACAUCCGGCGAUAUGACCUUAUAUGGUAAAAGUAGUAGGGUACUAAGCAGGGAUACGAUCCAAGUAUAGCCAUCAUAAUACGUCGCUCGAAUGGGCUUCGGCAAACGGACCAACACCAACGACAAGCUAGGAGCUAGGAUAUGACAGUCACAUCUCGUUAGUCUUCAUUAUUUAAAAUAGUCAAUUUGGACUUAGUAAAUUUAUUGUGUUUUUGUAUUAAUUAAAUAAAAAGUAUUCAAUUUAUAAAAGAAAAAUAAA